AUGGCUCGAUACUUUGGUCAGGCCUCUCCAACCGAGCUCAGAGAUCUUGAACGUAACGCUGUAAAUGCCAACGAUGAGCAGAUGGCAACAGCUGCCGCUAUGCUUCAGAAAGCGUUCGAUGUAUUGGCAACCGACGUUCGUCAAGUCAGGGCGAUCCUAACCCCAUAUACCUGGGCAAUUAUUUCCUACUAUGAGAUCAUGGGUAGCAUCCAAGAAAGGAUGUUUGUGGACAUUGGGGAAAAUGGCCAGCUUGUUGGAGUGGACGUUGUUCUCUCAGGUCAACUCGGUACCCCGAUAUUAGGAGAAGAAGACUCUCUUGAACUCAUCACGCCUCAAUUCCAAACACCUCAAGGAAACGAGGUUCCAGUCAUUUUCUUGACUUGGCAGGUCGAAGGAAAGCUCAAAACAUGGAUCUCAAGAAAGAAGCGAUCAGACUAUCUAGACCUUGUGUUUCUGUUCCGGGAAUAUGGCAACGAAAUCCGAAAUUGGAGCGAGCAUCUGUCAAAGGACUGGCGUCGAGAGUUUUACGAGACACUUGCAAUAUGGGCUCGCUACCAUGUGUUGGGCGAUGUGGAGGAGGGAAAGGUUGAAGGGGAAGACAUGACUGUGGCUGAGAGUAUAGAGCAAGAUGCAGUUGGCUAUAAGUACCACGACCGAGAGUAUUUUACCAAGGCUUCCUCGUCCUACAUGGAACAUAAGAACAGCGCGGAUGGACAUUGA